AGCGCACACCUUUAGCGGUAUGACGCAAACCCCCACAGCAGUGCGUGUGCUCAGUCGGUCUGACAGUCUGUCUAGUAGACUGACCCCCCAGCAAGCGGUUUAAAGGGAACAUAAGAGCGCUGAGUCAACGAAUCGCAAGCAGAAGGAUGCAACAGUUGAUGUGAGCAUAAAUUGCAGAGUUUUUCUUGCGUUUGGAGACGCUCUCCACACAGAGAGAAUGGUGGCUGUGAUCCAUGAGAGGAGAAGGCUCCAGUCUUAGGUUGCUUUAAAAAAACUAAAAUAAAAAACUGCAUAUUUGUGCCUCUACAAGGCAGCGACGGAGCGACCGCUCUCUCUCUCCACAAAAAAUGGGACAUUUGGAGUAAAACGUAUCGAGUGGACUUAAUGCUCUGCUGGAAUGGAGUUAAUGUGUAAAUUCUGGAUGGUUUGCGGCGGCGAGUGAGCGAUCUGCUGUGCGGAGUGCAGCAAACAUGCAGCGGCUUCUGCAGAGGAGACGAGUGCGCAAGUUGCGGGUCGUCUGGGCUUCCCUGGCCCUGGUGGCUAUGUCUCUGGCCGCCUGCAGCGCGCUGUUUACGGCGUGGACCUGGCGACAGACCCGGGACCUGUCUCAGUCCUUCCAGAUCCUGCAGGACCGACUCGAGCAGGUCAACACGCAGAGGAAGGCUAUUGUUCAGCUCAUUCUGGAGAAGAGGGAGCUGCUGGAGCGAGUGAAGCGAGAUGGGGGCUCGGUGCGAGGGAGAAAUGGAAAUGGACGGAAAGCAGCGUCUCAUUUUGAGAUAACCAAACUCUCCUCUCAGCAAGUCGGAGAAGGUGGCGUGAUAAAAGGCUGGGAGGAGAGGAUGCUGAACAUGAGUAAAGCAGUGAGGUACAACAAGGAGGAAGGUACCUUCACUGUGGAGAAAGCAGGGAUCUACUUUCUGUUCUGUCAGGUGUUGUUCAAUGAACAGCAGUCUCCGUAUGUGAAGCUGGACGUAGUGACAAAUGGCCCCAGGCCCCAGAAGCUGCAUUGCAUGGAGGGCUACGGGACCACCCCCUCUGCGGGGCCACACUCCUUCCACUUCGUGAAGCCCUGCCAGGUGUCUGGCCUCCUGCAACUGGAGAAAGGCACAAAGCUCCAGGCCAAGACGGGCCCAUCCUUCAGUCUCCACCCAGUGGCCAAUCAGGUCUUUAGCAUCUUUAAAGUCAACUGAAGCUCAGUGCUUAUCUGGUCAUUGUCGCAAACUAUUCUCAUGUACACAAAUCCAGCUGCAGCUACUGCAGGAUGUACUUUUUUUGCAUUGAAAAUGGAUAAUAUAAGGAUUUUUUUUCUACAAGGCCAAACAAAAGGCUACUGCUAUUUCCCAGUAAUUCCCACAUAUGUUCAUCUGCGAGACAAAGCUGACAUUUGUGGAAGAGGAAUUUUUCUCUGGACUGCAGCCUGUUUUAGAAUUCAGUUUUGGAUUAAAAUCAAGACCUACAUUGAACAAAAAAACCUUGAUGAACGUCUGCCUAGAGAACAGAUGUGAUGGAGGCUGCUCUGUGGAUUUAAAGAGCUUCACAGUAUAAGAAAAUUCAUUGGAGGUCUAUUAUAGCCCCUGUAUAAUGCAAUAAAGUGUGCUUGCACUCUCAGUAAGCUGACAGUUAAGAUGUGCAGUGUGCACCUUCCACAGCUGAGAGCACAUCUGAACUCUAUAAACGCUUUCUCCGGUUGCCAUCGACUCUUUGAAUGCUGCCUUUGUGUGUGGAAGUGUGCGAAUGAAACCUGAUGAAUCAAAACCUUUGUGCUGAUUUUAUGGUCUUGACAAUGCAAGGUGAAUUUACUCUUUUAUUCAAAUAUUUUGUAUAUAAGUCACUUAUUUUACAGAAUGUGCCUGAAGUCCUGAGUUGAAAGAAAGGAGUGUGGGGUGGGAUUUUUAAAUAACGUGGAUGUGAAUUUCUUCUCUUUUUUUCUAAGGAGAAAUUAUUGUAUAGUUUAAAAGUUAAGGUUCAAGGUAUUGCAAGCAAAACAUAAAACUGUAAAUUCAUCUGUAUCUGCUUUUUCAGGAGGUUCCUCUUUGAUGAGGCAAUGGCUAUUACUCCCACACGUUUUUUUUAAACUUUUUAUUAGUCAAAGCAUUGCUAAAAAAGUCUGUGAUACAAGUGAUGCAACUAUGCAAAGUAAAAAUAUGUUUGGGUAAUGAAUUUCUGUAUAAAUUACUGCAAGAAAGGGACAUACUACGUUGCCGAUUCCACACAGGUUCCUCGAGUUUAACCAUUGAAAUGUCAAGAUUUCUCACAAACCAGAACAUGGCAGGAUCAUUUUUACCUGAAUAUUGAUAUUACAGGUUUUAAUAUUCUUAUUAUCAAAGUUUUUGCACAUAUCUAAAUGAAAUGCAUUAGCAUGCAAUGAAAUGCUCUCACAGGCGUAGGCCAGGGCGUUUCCACUAGCAUAUUUGGACACUAUUGCACUUUUUAUUAGCUUAAGAGUAAUACUUAAUCAUCUUAAUAUUUGUAUUUCAAUCUAAGACUCCACUUACUAGCAUAUUGGUUGAAGCUCUUUUACUUCACAGACUCCUCUCAUAAACCUCUAUUUUUUUUAAUUAGCCAAUCUACGGCAGCCUGAAAUCAGUCAGCGUCCAGUAAGUCAUUAACAGCACAAUUGUAGCAUACAUGUAUAAAGAACUUCAAGCACAGAUUUCUAUAUAAAUCAGCUAUUAAAUCACAUUUUCCUUUCAGUUUUUGAGCAUGCUAACUCAUACAUUAGCUCUAAGCAUUCGUAUUAGCUCAGUGUUGUUACGAUCAGUCUAGUACGUGAACCGCUACUUCAUGCUUUAUGUGCUGGGGUCAGUGGCAGUUUUUGGUAUUGGCCACAUGGUUUUCCGCCCUGGGAGGCACAGCACAAGGGGGUGCCAUGAGGCGAAAAAAGUUGAUCUGAGUUGCGUAAUAAAAGGUCUUCCCCUGCUUAUUAGCAUUUCCAGUCACCCAGUUCAUGGGAGUAUGGGUAAGCAACAAAUGAAUAUCAAUAAUAGGCAUACCCUAACCAAUCAGGUGUGUCAUACAUCUGAACCCUUCUGAUGUCACUCAAGGGUUUCAAACAUCGAAGGUUAUGUUCCCAAAUAUAGACCAUCUUUAAAGUGAAUCUGACCAUUCCAAGUUUCAGAUCUUACACCUUCAGACAAAUCAGACCUUUUCUGGAUUGUUCUUCAAUUUUUUCAGAAAUUAGAGAUUUAUUUCAGAAAAUACACAAAAACAGCAUGUUUGAUGUUUUCUUGGCGCUAGAACCAGCUUAGAUUGAAACAAGAAUGAAAACAGCUAUAUAUAGACAGGAUACAUAAUAAUACAUAAUAAAAAGUUUAGUUUUUUUCAAAAAUGGGUUUGAUCAGGGGAGUGGGUUUGUGUUCGGUUGUGUGGGGAUCCUUAGAAGGGGCUUGCCCAGGGCACCAUUCAUGCAAGAAUCGCCCCUGGCUUGGAAAGCACAAAAUAACUCUUAUUUUGUCUUCUGUGAACUUACAGUAUAAACAGCAGUAACAGAUUUAGUCUUUAUACUUUUCCAACUAUAAAUCGGAUUUACAAAAUAAUUGUAAAAUUCUGGUUUUGUGGGCUUAAAAAGAGGAUAGCUUUGGAAAUGUUGUGAAACUGAACCUUGAAUGCAAGAUUGCCUUUAAUAUUGAACACAAAAAAUCCAAACAUCUUUUUGAUUUAACCAGAUUGCUUUUCUGUCAUUUAAAAAAAAAUCUUUUAGUAAUGAAGCUUCCUUCUGUGUCUCCUAUGCUGCGGCUUUGUGUAAUAAUCCCUGUUAUAUUUCAGGGUGUAUUUCUAGCCGUGGGAUUCAGCACUCCCACUCUUGUUUAUAAGAAGUUUUUGUGGCCGGACCACAAUGGUUUCUCCUCAGCACUUUACGGCAGCGAUUGUUGUGUUCCUAAUUGGACUCAAAUGUUGCUGUUUUCAAAUGGAAAUCUUUUCUAAAUUUAGAUAUUAAAUCCCUUGUACUUCCUCUUUGCUUUCCUCUUUCCCUUUUUAUUGUCUGUGCAACAUCCCCCCAACCUUCUCAACAUCCAUGUGGACAUCACAUUUGCCUGUCAGCAUUCGUCAUAACAUACACACACGCAGCAGUGGUGAUCUAAAUUUUCACUUCCUGCAUCUGAAUCAGAACCACAUAGUUGAGGAAAAACAUGCCUUGCCCCUCCUCUAUCACCUCAGAAUCCAUUUUUGAAACAUUUUUUUGUUAUUUGUCUAACACCCUUGAAAGUCUUGUGAAUAGAUUUGUAAAAUAAACAAUGGAUGCAUGCCAUGUCUGCGCUCAUUCCUAGUGAAUGGUGAAUGAAAACUCCUUUCUGUUCUCUUUA